ACAGAGCCUAAACCCUGAAGGACAAGAUUUGUUUGUCUUGUGAUUUUCACGUUUUCUAUAAUGGCCGUGAUAUCAACUGUCACAUAUAAAGACAGAAGUUUUAGAUACACUUUCUCAAUUAGACAGGUAAUUUUGGUAUCUGAAGAUUUGUUAAUAUUUGCCAGUUUCUGGGGGUGUCCGAGGAGGUUAGUCAAGUGCUGUAAAGGCAGAGCGUGUCACUGAUGUGCUCUUAUCUCAUUACUGUAAACCAAACCGGUCUGUUAAACCAGUUCUCUUGUCUUUUCUUCCGCUGGCUGACUCUGUUGAGCACUCGUGUGAAUUUAAAUAGCCUUCAGGAAAAAUCACAGUCGUUCACACGCGUCCGAACAAAACUUCCACCAUGAAGCAGGCUCUUUUGUGGAUUUUGCUUCUUACGGUGCUUUGUUCAUUUGUGCGAAAUGAAAAGAUCAAUCCAGCUAUGGUGGAUGAGCAGCUGCUCUGGGUCGGUGGUGGAAUCGGAGAAGUUCACACCUACAGAAUUCCCCUCCUCACCUUCACUACUCAGGGAAGCCUUCUGGCUUUUGCAGAGGCCCGGAAGCUGUCCUUCAAGGACAUAGGAGCCAAGUUCAUCGCUUUAAGACGCUCCACAGACAGAGGAGCCACCUGGUCUCCCACCUCCUUCAUAGUGGACGAUGGUUCUCUGGCAGAUGGGUUGAAUCUGGGUUCGGUGGUUGUGGAUGAAGAGACUGGUGCUGUGAUAGUCAUCUACUCGCUGUGUUUCCACCGUUAUCACUGCAAGCCCUCUAAAACCAUGAUGGUGCAGAGUCUGGAUGACGGCUUCACCUGGAGCGCCCCACGAAACCUUAACCCUCAACUGGGGAUCAUGAGUUUUGUUCCUGGACCAGGCUUCGGUAUACAGAAACGUCAUCCGCCUGCUGUUGGGCGUCUGGUGGUGUGUGGCCACGGCAGCAUCGCCGGAGACGGUGUGUUUUGUAUCCUGAGUGAUGAUCAUGGAAACACGUGGAGAUACGGAGCUGAACUGAAGAGCAUUCCCUACAACCAGCGCAAAAACAACCUGGACUUUGAACCGGAUGAGUGUCAGCCAGUGGAGCUGGAUGACGGCAGCAUCGUGAUUAAUGUGCGCAACAAUAGACACUACCACUGCCGCUGCCGUAUGGUGGUGCGCAGUCGGGAUGGAGGAGAGUCUCUGCCGGUGGAGGAGCUGGUGUUUGAUCACACACUGGAGGAUCCUGCGGUCGCAGCUGGAGCUUUAGAGAAGGAAGGAGUGCUGUACUUCACCAACCCAGCCAACACUAACAACAGAGUGAACCUGACCCUUCGCUGGUCUCUGAAUCGUGGUAAAUCGUGGGUGAAAGAUACUCUGAAGAUCUGGGCCGGGCCAAGUGGGUACUCAUGUAUGACGUCACUUAAAGGCAACGGAAGCGUGGAUCAUAAAUACAUCUAUGUUAUCUAUGAAAAAGGCCAAAAAGACUAUUUUGAGUCCAUCUCCUUUGUGAAAAUUGACCUGUACAGCGACCCAGAAUGGCUACAAUAACCAAAAAACAAACAAA